UCUAGGGUCUAUGGUCAAAAUAACAACCUAACCAAACCUUUACGUAAAUCUUAAUUUCCACAAGACUUCCAAUGAAAAAUAAUUUUUCAUGAAAGUUUAAUUAUGUCUAUAGCUGGUAAAACAUUUAAAUCCAUAAUCAGAAGAUGUGUCCCACAAAAGCUGUUUUUCAGACCAUCCAGUUAUUAUUCUUCACCAUUUCUUGAAGAUGUUGGAGAUAUAACUAGAAAAUAUGAAAUAACAAAAGAUCCUGAAGAUUGGAAGUACGUUGAAAGAAUUUUACCUGUGGCAGUAGUUCCAGAACCUGUAAAAAAAGAUGUGUAUCCAUCAGGUUGGAAACCUCAAGGAGACAAUUUACAAGAUCAACCCUACUUUGUUGAAAGAACAAAAAAUCACAUGAUUCCUGUUUACUUACAAGUUGCACAAAAUGGAGUCCGUAGGCAUACAAAAGUCAAGUUUGUGAAAGGCGAUAUUUGGUUACUUGAAAAAGAACUGCGUGAAUUUCUUCAGAAGGAGUCAUUCGGACCCAUUAGAAGUCAAGUAAAUGAAUUUGCUGGAUUUAUUAGAUUUAGUGGAGAUUUUGUAAAUGCUAUUAAGUAUUGGUUAGAACAAAAGCAAUUUUAAACUUGUACAAUUCAGGUUUUUUUAUAAUUAUUUUCCAUUAAUUCUGCUCUAUAUCGUAACUGUAAAACUUCAAACAUUAGAUGGUAAUUAAACUCAUUUGGAAUUCAUACAUGCAAGAACAGAAUAAAAACUUAAUGGGGAAGCUGUUGUAUAAUUCGUGCAAUGUAAAAUUUCAGUAGGAUAACCCAGACUUCCAAUAAUUGUUGUUUCAUUGUAAUUUAACGACUGUUUUUCAUUUCUCAUUGCUAGUUGUUUAAAUAAAUCAAUAAUUGUUUAAAAA